AUGGCAUUCAACGGAAUUCAAAUGUGGCAAAAGCUUAAGGGAACUACCAAGAACAACGUCACGACCAGGACGUAUUUCACUGACGUGAACAAAAUUUUCGUUUCAGACCGGCUGAAAAUAAAUUCCUGCUUUCGGGACAUUUUUCCGUCCAUUAUUGAGCAAAAGAAAUUUGCCACUCAACCUGAAACGGCUCUAGAGAACAUCAACGAAUGGGUGAAAAACCAAACACACUCCAAAAUUGUCGACCUUCUACCGGCUGGCUCAAUAAAUGUUGGCACUAAGGUGGUGAUUGCGAAUGCCGUCUACUUCAAAUCUGAUUGGGCCCACCAGUUCGAUGUUUCCAAAACAACUAAAGACAAGUUUUACGUUUCCCCCGAGGAGGUCAUUCAAGUGGACAUGAUGAACAUCGAGUCCGUCAACCUUCUGUAUGCCAUCUCUGAUAAGCUGCAUGCUUCAGCUGUGGAGCUGCCCUACUCAAAUCAGGAGCACUCAAUGGUGAUCGUUUUGCCUAGUGCCGAGAGGGGCUUGGAUGCCCUGCUUCGUGACUUGACGGUGCCAAACUUGCAAGAACUACUAAAUAGCAUGGUAGACGACGAUGUUAACCUGAUCAUGCCCAAGUUCACAGCCGAACAAGAGUUUGAGUUGGCCGGCCCUCUGUUUUCGAUUGGGUAUAAAAAAAUCUUUGAUCCUCGAUUCGUCAAUCUGUCGGUGAUUUUUGCCAAAGAAGCCGACCGCAACUUGACCUCACUCAAUUCAGUCUUACACAAGAGCUACAUAAAGGUGAACGAAGAGGGGACGGAGGCUGCCGCAGCAACGGCAAUCAUUUUCGCCCGUUCUGGUCGGCCGCUCUUUCCGACGCAGUUUGUGGCCAAUCGGCCCUUCCUCUACCUGGUACGUGAAACCUCCACUAACAUGAUCCUCUUUGUGGGCACUGUCCGCAGACCUCAGUCCGAUUGA